CAUUAUAUAUUUACCUGCGAUUUUCUUUUCUCUCUCCUGAACCUGAUCCCCUGAUCCAUUCACUUCUCUUCUCUCCCCCUGUCUCUCGGAUUCUUUCGCUCUCGCACAACACACGUACAUACAUACGCAUAAACGCGCACAUUUUCCCGAUAAAUUCUCGAGUCGCGGACAGUUUAUUGUUUCUUAGAAUUCGUUCAUUGUAGAUCAAAAUCGCAUAAUGAGGUGAAGUGAUUGUGGAGUAUUGGGGCGUUGCUUCAUUGGGAAUUGUUUCUAUCAACUUUGCAAUCAAUGUUUUAUCAAUUGAGCAACUUAUUAUAUAUAUCCUAGACAGUACAUAAUGAGUUGGAAUCAACAUAUGGAUGUCCCUUACUUCAACACCGGCUACCCUUAUAAUACAGCUGGGAGCCUUAUUGAAUAUUUUGAAGGCCUUACAUAUCAACAUGUAAAUUUCAUCUUUGAUGGUGCUUCACAAGUUCAGGACACUGUGUACCCAUCGACCAAUACAAAUUUCUAUAAGUUUGGGGCAUCGGAAUCUGGAACCAUCUCAUAUUAUGAUCAUUGUGAUCCUUAUGAGGUCAAUGAUCAUGAACUACAAAUCAAUGAAAAUAGAAGGCCUAUGCAGGACCCGAUAGUAACUAAUGAAUCAACUACUGCAAUAAAUACAGAAUGGGAAGGGAAUGUGACUGCUAAUUCACAUGACCACCCAAUAGAGUGUACGCGAAGACACCAUAGGUCUCGUGGUUAUCAGGUCGUUUGGCAAGAUAAUGUUGAUCCUGACAACAUGACUUACGAGGAAUUACUCGAUUUAGGUGAAGCAGUAGGAACUCAAAGUCGAGGACUUUCCCAAGAACUUAUCUCUUUGCUUCCAGCCUCCAAGUACAAGUGGCAAUUCUUCUUCAGAAAGAAAUCAAGAAGUGAGAGAUGUGUAAUUUGCCAAAUGGAAUAUAAACGAGGUGACUGGCGAAUCACUCUCCCGUGCAAACACAUAUACCAUGCUAGGUGUGGGUCCAGAUGGCUCAGCAUCAACAAGGCUUGCCCAAUCUGCUACACUGAGGUGUUUGGUGAUGCAUCUAAACAGUAAGAACAUUCAUUCAUGAACAUAAAAAAGAAGAUAGCCUUCAUAUGCUUACUUUCUUUGUUGGGUUUCUGUGUCCCUUCUCCAUACAAAAGUGUGCCUUAAUUUUUCCACUUUCUGUGUAGAAGCGCCAUUGAUUGGCAUUUGUAAUAAUUCAGCAUCGUGAAUGUUAAUCAGGAUGGAUGUUUUAGUGGCUGGACCAUUUCCUUUUGGAAGUUAUCUUCAUUCUUUC